CCAAUGGCUCCAUCGCGCUCAGAGGCCCCGUGUGAGUGUGUGUGCGUUUCAGAAAAAAAGAAAAAGAAGAGUAACAGAGAAAGAAAAGUUUAGGGUGCCGUUUGAAGACAUCUGAACAGGCAGCAAGGGGCACGCUUUAACCAAGGGAUUCCUCAUUGACAAUCCUCAAGACUAACGUGAUAUCGUGAUUUGGGAUUAUAAACGAUUGCUGUAAUAUCGUGGAAAACCAAUGUGGUUGAGUUUUCUGCAAUGGAUUUUUUCAUGGGAUUAAUUCGCAACGGAGCAACUCCAUUCAUGUGCGAAGCGGCGCUUUAAAAAAAGAUAUUGAGGUGUUUCAAAGUCCGGAAACGACGAGAAUACCGGGCGACUGGCUUCUCCCACACGUUUGCAUUCGGGUAUUACUUGUAAUGUAGUUUAUGUGUGUAUCCAGAAUAUUAUCACAUUGUUUAAUAUUGCGUACAAAUGCUACGAAUGCCGUUUUACUGCUAGGUAGAAAAAACAAGCGGUAGUCCGUUUCUGUGCUGUCAGUGAAAAUAAUCUAUGUUAAUGCAUUUUGACUUCAAUGUAGCGGUGCAAAUUUGUCACUGUCUUCAACUUUAAUGCAACAUAAUAUAGAUCCCUAUCUAAUGUUGCGGUUUGGCCACCGACUAACAGAACUCUGCUGUGCAUUCAUUGCACGGCGUCAUAAAACAUUGAUGUUUUACGUCGAGUUAAAUACUAGUUCAAAUCCACGUAGAUCUGAACAAGAAUAAAAACAUCGAAUUUUAAACUGUCGUAUGUUCAGGUCGAAACGCUCAGGUCUUGUGCGGCGACUUUGGAGAAGCCGUUUGAUCCCAGGUAGAGAGGAGGGAGAUGGAUGUAGCAGAGCCCAGUGCGAGGGGGUUUGGGACAGUGUUAGCAGCAAUAACCCAGAAAAGGUGCCAAAAACAGAACGCAGAACUGUGGCUCGGGAAGGGGCGUUCGUGGAGGACCUCGGGGUAGUGCGAGAGAGAAAUCCCUCUGGAGGGGGUGGCUCGGGGGUCACGUCGGACCAAGACGAGGGAGCAAUGUGUGUCCUGGAGUAUAACAGUCCCAGAUCCACACAGGAGGGCGAAUGCAAAACGGUUACGUGCUGUUUGUUCAAAGAUCGGGACCAUUCUGUGCCCGGGAGCCCUACGGCGAGGGUUAGGAGUAUAGAGUCCGAGUCGUGUCAGCGGGUGACGAGGAAUCCUACGUCCAGGGACUCCGGUUCAGCAGGGUUGCAGGACUCCUUCCCUCCCUCCGCUAUCGAACAGGAGCUCCAGGCCGCCACCUACUCAUUUUUGAAGCGACUGCAGGAAAAACCGCUGGAUGCCUUGUGGGAAGCCGUGGAGUCUAAAGGGGGGAUGCCGAGCGAUUGUGUCAUGGUGUCGCGGACGGAGCUGCAGCUGGGCGGCCACACGGCGCCCGCGCAGCUUCUGCUCUGCAAACUUUACCGCUGGCCCGACCUGCAGCACGCAGCCCAACUCAAGCCCCUACUCAACUGCCAGAGCUUCAGGGUUCAAGAUGGCCCCGCGGUCUGUUGUAACCCCUAUCACUACAGUCGACUCUGUGGGCCAGAGUCACCUCCGCCCCCCUACUCACGGCUCUCCACCAGUGAGGAACUGAAGCCACUGGAUCGGUCCGAUUCGAUGCUGUCGUACACUGAAACGGAGGUUACCAGUUCCCAAAACGGCACACCUGCAGACUCUAGCAUAUCUCCGGAUGCCGGGAAGCAGACUCACUGGUGCAGCGUGGCGUACUGGGAGCUGCGGACGCGGGUUGGCCGCCUGUACGCAGUGCACGAGCACUCAGUCAGCAUCUUCUACGACCUACCUCAGGGAACAGGCUUCUGCCUGGGUCAGCUGGGCCUGGAGCAGUGGGUGGGCGGAGCUCGGGGCGGGAUCGGAGGCGGGGCUGGGGGCAGGGCCAGGGGCGCCGUCGGCCGCACGCGCAGCAAGAUCGGUUUCGGCAUCCUUCUGAGCAAGGAGCCGGACGGCGUGUGGGCCUACAACCGGAGCCAGCACCCCAUUUUCGUCAGCUCGCCCACCCUGGACCCCCCGCGUUCCCGCGGCCUGGCCGUACGCAAGGUCCCGCCCGGGUACUCCAUCAAGGUGUUCGACUACCACAGGUCCCACCUCCCGAGGAACACCACCCCCCCGGCCUCCUCCGCCACCGACCUUGUCCACGCGGAAGGCCCCUUCGAUCCCAACAGUGUCCGGAUAAGCUUCGCCAAGGGGUGGGGCUCCUGCUACUCCCGACAGUGCAUCACUUCCUGUCCCUGCUGGCUGGAGAUCCUGCUCAACCAGAACCACCACAGACAGCUGCAACUGCAAUAACCCUAAUCUGCAAUAAUCCCCAAAUAAUCAUCUACCUUAGAUUUAAUAUAAGGUUGUUUUUUAUUAUAUGAAAAAAAAAAAAAAUAUAUAUAUAUAUUAUACUUGUAAAUAU